ACCUUAGCUCAACAACGUUAUACUACUAUAUAUAUCACCAUCUUUCCCGGUCUUCUCAACAAUCCAAAACAUGGCUUCUUCUCAUAACAAUUUCAACCGAGCAUUGGUUGCUUUCUUAGCUCCCCUUCCCUCCAUCUUCUUCUACCUCUCUUUCCUCCGCCAUUACCAUUCCCCACAAUCACACAAUGCACCUCUCUGGCACUGGUGCUACCACCACCCUCUCCUACUCUCCCACCUCUUCUUCUUCUUCAACGUCAACCUCCUCUUCUGGAUCAUCGGCCUCCUCCAAUCAAGCCACUGGAUGAUUGAUUUGUACUGGACUGUGAUUCCGGUGUUGCUGUUGCACUACUACCGGAGUCAUCCGGCGGGGGAGUACGACGCUUGGAGGUCGGCGGCGGUUGUGGUGCUGACGUGGAUAUGGAGUAUAAGGCUGACGCAUAACUACUUCCGGCGAGAGAAGUGGCAGUGGGGCGCCAGGGAGGAUUGGAGAUUCACUGAUUUGAGUGAGCAGUAUGGGAAGAAUUGGUGGUGGAUGUCUUUCUUUGCCGUUUAUGUUUCUCAGCAGGUCUUUUUAAUGGGAAUAUGCAUGCCCCUGUAUGUUGUCCACUCAGAGAAUAUGCCAUUGAAUGUAUGGGACUUUGUUGCCAUAGGAAUCUGUUUAUCUGGCAUUAUAAUUGCGUAUUAUGCAGAUACACAACUUCACACUUUCGUUAGCAGAAAUAAAAAGUUGAAAGAGCUCAGCCAACCUAUGGUGCCAAAUCUGGAUACAGGUCUUUGGCGGUACUCACGCCAUCCAAACUACUUUGGUGAGCAAUUAUGGUGGUGGGGACUGGCCAUAUUCGCCUGGCGUUUGGGUCAUGCUUGGAGUUUUGUUGGUCCGCUCAUAAACAGCUUGUGCUUGGCCUAUGUCACCGUGCUUGUAGAGAAGAAAAUGCUUAAACAAGCUUACAGAGUUGAAGCUUAUAAACUCUACCAGAAGACAACUUCGGCUUGGAUACCAUGGUUUAAGUCCUCAACUGGAAAAGAUAAGAACACUUGACUCCACAUUUCCUUUAAUUUUGUGCUUACUCCAUGAUAUCUAUGAUAAAAUUAAAGAAUGUUCACUUCAAAUCGCCAUUAAUUUUCUUGUAUGUGCUUUGCAACUAUGUACCUUGAAUUUGUCUUUUGCUUCAACAACCUUUAUAAAUCUCUCUCAA